AUGACAGAUCUUGCGGUGGCAGGAUUCAAGAAUAGAUGGCCGUGGGCACUCCACCAAGGUUCUUCGGAGUCCUCGCACAAAGCAAUUAGAGACGCCUGUGCAGGGCAAGAUAUCGGCUUGACCAUGUACUGCGCCGAAGCACUAAAGGAGAUCUCAAUAUAUCGUGGAAACUACGACUACAAAACAAAUCUCAUUGGUAGCGGAGAGAAAACCAUUCUCGGUCACAUGGUGAACCUGGAUCUGGAAAUGGACACACCCCUCCUCGCUCGUACUGGAGAACCCGUCGCACACAAGUCCGCCAGCAAUUGCAAACUUGCAUCUGGGAUCGCACCGGCACCUGAAAUGCUGGCUGCGAAGAUAAAUGCCGGAGAUGAGAUUGGCCGAUUGAUUCACAAUGGGGUACGGCGAGAUGCGAAGCUGCUGACCGCUGACGAAGCUCUUGAAAUGGCCACUAUCAAUGGGGCAAGGGCAUCGGGUCUUGAAAAGUUUAUGGGGAGUGCGGAGGAAGGCAAGAAUAACGAUUUCAUUGUCCUUUAUGCCUCAGGCUUUCACUGUGUUCCGUUUGAUCGAGAUUGA